CACUACUAUUACUAAGCUUUAUGCUAUUACAUUAGCUGAGUUUUAGAAGGAAUGACUAGGUUUUCUGUCAGACAAGCCAUUGAAGACUUGAAUUUCUUCUUGUUUUUCCUUAUUUUUCUUUUCAGAGUUCCUCUUAAUCCGAGUUUUUUCUCUUUAAUCAAGAAAUAGGCUUCUCUUUGAACUUGUGGAUUUUAGAUUGAACAAAUUGUUCAAUCCUUGAAAAGGCCGCUUCACCAAUUACUUGCAUCACUAUAGAAGCUCUAUUGGGCGUCUUGUUAUCCAUGAAUCUUGAAUCUCUUUGGUAUUGAAUGGUUUUCCUCCAUGCUCUCCCAUUGUGAGCUCUAUACAUUACCUCAUUAAGCUCCUGCAGAAACCUCUCAAAAGCAAUGGAUUAAAGCUUCUGAUCUUUUGCAACAAUUCUUUUAAACCCUGCAAGCGUGCACACCUCCCAUCUUUUUCUUAUUGAUUUUCCCAGUAUACUCAGUAACAGGAGAUCUGUUCAUUCCCCUAUGAUCUUUUCACUUUAUUCAGCCAUCAUAACAUUGUGAAAGAAGAAGCUUCACAAAUGGGGGGCUGCGCAUCCAAGCCAAGACAAAAACCCAAAUUACCUUCACCAUCUCAAAUCGUUCAAGGCCAUCCUCUUGAUCAAAUGGAAUCCAAGUUUCCUGUUAUCCAUUGUGGCUUUGAUGUGGGUUCGGUACCCCUUUCAAAAUUCACAGAACCCAAAUUUCUUCCAACCAUGGGUGAGGAUUUAUUGAGAAAGCCUAUGCCUGCUCUUGUUGUAAUGACGACCCUGCAGCAUAAGAGCAUUUUGUUUCACAUUGAUCGUAUAUUUUGUUGGGUUGAGGACUUAUCAAAUAGGCGAAAACAUGGACCACAAGUGGUUGUUGAUCCAUCAAUGGGGAGCCCCAGAAUGGAAGUUAAAAAGUUGGGCAGAAGUUAUUCUCAGCUCCUUGAGUUUAUGCUUGAGCAUGCACAAAUGGAAGAGAGAUUCAUCUUCCCGGUGUUGGAGAGAGCAGAUAGAGGACUAUCCAAAGUUGCAAAUGAACAACACGCAAAGGACUUUCCUAUCAUGAAUGGCAUUCGGGAACAGAUAAAAUCCAUUGGAGUUCUUGAGUCCGGGAGCCCUGUUUAUGAGGAAGCUUUCCUCAACCUCUCUGCUCGAUUGAAUGAUUUGCAGGCUCAUUGUAAAGAGCAUUUUGACGAGGAGGAGAGAAAGUUGCUUCCACUUUUAGAGGCAGCAGACCUGAGUAGGGAGAUGCAAGAGGGUACUUUGGGUCAAUGCUUUGAGGUUAUGGAGGCCACCCACUCUCACCUCUUCAGCUUUUUCAUUGCUGGCCUUUCUCCCAUUGAUGCUUUCUGUUAUAUUGAAAUGGUCAAGAGGUGUGGAGACAAAGACCGUGUUACUCGCAUUAUCCAAUCGCUUGGUCGUGCUCCAAAAGACUAUUGAAGGGUUAAUGGUGGUUGGUCUCUCUUGGCAUGAGGUGCUAGACUAACUCCAAUUACUGGCUUGCAUUUAGAGACACCCAUCCUCUCUCUCAAUGUAUGGUGCUAGACUAAAGCUCCAUACUGGCUUGCAAUUACUGGCCUGCAUUUAGAGACACCCAUCCUUUCUCUCAGUCUAUGGUGCUAGACUAAAGCUCCAAAGAACCAGCUACGAACGAGCUUGUAUUGCAGAGACGCCUCUCUCUCGGCUGCCGAGGAAGGAAUCAAACCCCUGGCAGUCUCACUUCGACAAGGCUAUGAGGUAGGUUCUAUGUUUUCGCUCCCUCUUUAUAUGCUAUAAUUCUAUCCUGGAGGCAUUUCUUUUUGCCCUUGUAAUAAUGAGCUUUAAGAGAGGUACAUGAAAGUGAUAACAGAAACGUAUUAAGACCCAUGAUCUGUGUAAUUUCUACAUUGGUGUUGUAAUUUCUGCACCCCUGUAUGUAAAUAAUUGAUCUCUCUCUCUCUCUAAACCGGGAAAAUAAUAUAAUGGAUGAAUUGCUUUUGAUUA